CAGUAUUAGCAGAUAAUGAUGGAGUCUUACAUGAUUGUGAUAAUAAUAUAUUACUUAAUGCUAAAGCAUCAAGUAAUAUAUCAUUUGAUGUUUUAUUAUCAAGUAACAUGUUACUCGAUGCUUUAGCAUUGAGCAACAUUAGUAAAUAA